AUGCUUACCCUCACCUCUCUCCUCCUCCGCCCCACCCGCCACCAACUCCACCACCGCCACGUCAUCAAACACCUCUCAACCACCGCCGGCGCCGGCGCCACCAAUCCUUCCCCGCCUCUCACCGUCCCUCUCUCUCACCCCAUCUACCUCAUUUGGUCCUCCAAUACCUCCCUCGGAAAAACCCUAGUCUCCGCCGGCCUCGCCGCCUCCUCUCUCCUCUCCCGCCACCGGCGCCGCUCCUUCCUCUACCUCAAGCCCAUCCAAACCGGCUACCCCGCCGACUCCGAUUCCCAUUUCGUCUUCUCCAAGCUCACCUCUCUUGUCCGCCGCUCCCCUCACCUCUCUCUCCUCGCCUCCAAUCACGUCCUCAAGGCCUCGGUCUCGGCCGCCAGCUCCAUCUCAGCCCCCCAAGCUCCAAAAAAUUUCGACAAGGGCAUGCGCGAUUUGGACUGGUGUGAGGAGAGGAGGGUUGUUGGGGACAAUUCUGAAACCGGUCCGAUUUCGGAGCUGCUUUGUAAGACAAUGUACGCGUGGGGAGACCCCGUGUCCCCGCACUUGGCGGCUGAGAGGGAAAGCGGGGCGGUGGAGGACUCGGCCUUGCUCAAAAUGCUGCAGAGGUGUUUGCAGAUUGGGGUUGGGAAGGAGAAAGCGGACUCUUUUUGCGUGGUUGAGACGGCUGGCGGGGUUGCCAGUCCAGGGCCUUCUGGGUCGCUUCAAUGUGACUUGUACAGGCCUUUCCGUUUACCAGCUAUUCUUGUCGGAGAUGGACGGUUAGGUGGUAUUUCUGGAACCAUUUCAGCUUAUGAAAGUUUGAAAAUUCGAGGUUAUGAUGUUGUUGCUGUUGUAUUUGAGGAUCACGGCCUUGUAAAUGAGGUGCCUUUAGCAUCAUACUUUCGAAACAGUGUUCCAGUGCUUGUACUGCCACCUAUUCCACAAGACUUGUCAGAUGACCUUAUGGAAUGGUAUGAUGAUGCUCAUAAUGUAUUUGAUUCAUUGAUGGAAAUAAUGCUGUCAGCUUACACUGAAAGAAUCAAGAGAUUGCAUGACAUGCCAAGGAGGGCCACAGAUGUCUUCUGGUGGCCAUUUACUCAGCACACAUUUGUAUCAGAAGGAGAUGUUACAGUGAUUGAUUCACGCUGCGGUGAAAAUUUUUCAGUCUUCAAGGCUCAGAAUGAUGAUGUCAUAACUCAACAAUUUGAUGCAUGUGCCAGUUGGUGGACUCAAGGACCUGAUGCUACUUUACAGACUGAACUUGCAAGGGAUAUGGGUUAUGCAACUGCAAGAUUUGGGCAUGUAAUGUUUCCCGAGAAUGUUUAUGAGCCAGCCUUGGAAUGUGCUGAACUUUUGCUUGAAGGUGUUGGAAAAGGUUGGGCUUCUCGAACAUAUUUUUCAGAUAAUGGAUCUACAGCAAUUGAGAUUGCAUUGAAAAUGGCAUUCCGUAAAUUCUCUUAUGAUCGUGGAAUUCUUUUAGAUCAUCUCAAGGAAAAUACAGCUGAGAGAUAUCCUGAGCUUGUGGUCCUGGCUCUUAAAGGAUCUUAUCAUGGUGAUACUUUGGGUGCUAUGGAAGCACAAGCACCAUCAUCUUAUACAGGCUUCCUCCAACAACCGUGGUAUAAUGGAAGAGGUUUUUUUCUCGAUCCUCCGAUGGUUUUUUUGUCCAACAAUAUGUGGAAACUUUCCCUACCUGAAGGGUUGCAUUCUCGGAGUUUGAAUCUGAAAAAUAUGACCUUUGGUUCCCGUGAUGAUGUUUUUGUCAAGAGCAGGGACAAGUCAGAUCUUGCUGGUAUUUAUUCAACAUAUAUAUCAGAACAAUUAUCAAAGUUUCCUGAAUCAAAAGGGUACAUUGGAGCAUUGAUUAUUGAACCAGUUAUACAAGGUGCUGGAGGAAUGCAUAUGGUUGAUCCACUUUUCCAGCGGGUUCUGGUGAAUGAGUGCCGGAAGAAAAAUAUUCCCACUAUCUUUGAUGAGGUUUUCACUGGUUUCUGGCGUCUAGGAACAGAGUCAGCUGCAGAACUACUAUCUUGUUUUCCAGAUAUAGCCUGCUUUGGGAAGCUGAUGACUGGUGGGACUGUACCCUUGGCUGCCACAUUGGCUACCAAUGCCGUCUUUGACUCAUUUAUUGGAGACUCAAAGCUAAAGGCCCUUCUGCAUGGACAUUCAUAUUCUGCACAUGCCAUCGGGUGCACAGCAGCUGCUAAAUCUAUAAGAUGGUUUAAGGAUUCUCAGAGAAAUCCUAAUAUCACUUCCAAAGGAAGCUUACUUAGCGAGUUAUGGGAUGACAAACUAGUGUACCAGAUCUCUUCACAUCCUGCAAUUCAAAGAGUAGUUGUGUUGGGAACGCUUUGUGCUCUAGAGCUCCGAGUAGAAGGCUGCAACGCUGGGUAUGGGUCACUGUAUGCAAGCUCCCUUCUGAAGAAGCUCCGUGAAGACGGAGUUUACAUGAGGCCUCUGGGACAUGUCAUAUAUCUCAUGUGCGGACCCUGCACAUCUCCCAAGGUCUGCAACGAAGCCCUCACUAAAGUUUACAGAAGGCUUGAAGAACUUAGCCAAUCUCAAAACAAUUAA